CUUUGUCUCUUCCGCCGGGCUCGGAGCAGCGUCCGCGCUCCGCUGUCGCUCCUGCAGGGGGCCCAGGUGUCUCUGCCGCAGCCCGUGUCACCCGUGACCUGCAGGGUCCUUCCGCCUGCGGGUGUGGUGGUAGCAGAUGGAGGGGUCGCGCUGAGGCCUUGACAUGCACAUUCUCAAGAUGCAGCUGUGACCUGUGCAGAUGACCUCAGCUGAGAGGGCGCCUUAGAGAGGCCGGAGGAAGAGGAAGAAAUGGCUGGUUCUCAGGGAUUGUUGACAUUCAGGGACGUGGCCAUAAAAUUCUCUGUGGAGGAGUGGGCGUGCCUGGACCCUGCUCAGCAGAAUUUGCAUCGGGAUGUGAUGUUAGAGAACUACGCAAACCUGGUCUCUGUGGGUCUUGCUGCCUCUGAGCUGGACCUGAUUUCCUGUCUGGAGCACAGGCAAGAGCCCGGGCCUGUGAGGAGACAUGAGGCAGGAGCCACACACCCAGAUAUAUUUUCUCAUUUCACCCAAGUCCUGUGGACAAAGAAGUGCAUAGAAGCUCCAUUCCAGAAAGUGAUACUGGGAAGGUUUGUGAGUUGUGGUCUUGAAAAUUUACACGUACGGAAAGACUGGGAAAGCGCAGAUGAGUGUGAAGGGCAGAAUGGAUGUUAUGAUGGACAGAACAAGUGUAGAACAACCACCCAUAAUGAAAAUAUCAGUGAUACUAUAGGUCAAGAGCAUAAAACAUUUUGGAAAAAAGCUUCAUUUAUAUCAGAUACUUCUGCUGAACCAUAUGUUUCUCUAAGUAAAUAUCAGCAUCAAUUUUUGGAGCAUAACUUUUAUCAGAAAGAAAAUUUGGAAAUUCUAGACUGUGGUGUGAUGAAUGUUCCAAAUAAUAAUUUGGACCAAUUAAAAUACAGAAUUGGAUUAAAUGUUCAGUCAAACAUUUCUGAAGAUGUGAUAUCUAAAAAUGAAGGUGAGAUUUCUAAAUAUGAUCGAUUUGAUAGGUCAUUUGUUAAAAGUUUAUUAUUUUUCCACCAAAACAUAAUACCUUCUUCUACCAAAAUCUCCAACAGUAAUCACUAUGGGAAAGUCUUCACUUGUUCAUCUAAUCAAUAUCAUGGAAUAGAUAAUUUGGGAAAAUAUCACACUUACAAUAAAACUUUGAUGCCCUUUAGCCAGGGUUCUACCCUAAAUAAUGACCAAGAUAUUUACAUUGCAGACAGAAAUAAUCACUGCCGUAACUCUGAGAAAACCUCUAAUGAAGUGUAUAGUUCUAGAAAAUAUCCGAAAAUGCAUGUUCAAGAGAACGAUUACAAAUGUAACAAAUGUAAGAAAGUCUUUUUUCAAUACUCAAAGCUUAUUGUUCAUCAGUGUAUCCAUAUUCAAGAGAAGCCUUACAAAUACAAUAAAGGUUUAGAAGCUUAUACCCAGCCUUCAAAACAUACUCAGCAUCUUGGAAUCCAUUUUGGAGGAAAUUCAUACAGAUUCAGUAAAUGUGAGAAAGUCUUGAGUCGAUCAUCAAAUCAAAGGGAACAUAACAUAAUCCAUGCUGAAGAGAAACUCUACAAAUGUAAAGAAUGUGGCAAAUCUUCUAAUCAUAUUUCACAUCUUGUUAAACAUCAGAGAAUUCAUACUGGAGAAAAAUUUUACAAAUGUGGUACUUGUAGCAAAUCUUUUACUCGAUCCUCAAGUCUUAUUGUGCAUCAGAGAAUUCACACUGGAAAGAAACCCUGCAAAUGUAAAGAAUGUGGCAAAGUCUUUAACUGUAGUUCACGUCUUACUCAGCACCAGAGAAUUCAUAAUGGAGAAAAAUUUCACAAAUGUAAAACAAGUAGCAGAUCCUUUAGUCAUUCCUCAAAUCUUGUUGUGCAUCAGAAAAUUCAUUCUGGAGAGAAACCCUACAAAUCCUUUCAAAAUAGUUCACAUCUUAUUCGACAUCAGAGAAUUCAUACUGGGGAGAAACCCUACAAAUGUAAAGACUGUGGGAAAACCUUUACCUGUAGAUCAUACCUUACUCGACAUCAAGGAAUUCAUACUGGAGAGAAACCCUACAAAUGUAAAGAAUGUGGCAAGGCCUUUAACUGUAGGUCAUACCUUACUCGGCAUCAGAGAAUUCAUAGUAGAAAGACUCUAUAG